UUUCAGUGUAUUUGCUGUGCUGCCAAGCAGACGGAGCAGAAGGAAACGUCAUGGGAAGAAAGACUAUUUUGCUGCUGAUACUGGGCAUCCUUGGAGCAUAUUAUGUUUAUACUCCUGUCCCAGACAAUUUUGAGGAGCCAUGGAAACUAAUGUGGGUGACCACACAACUUAAAACUGUAGGAUAUUUGGCUCUGUUUGCUGAACUAUUGGGAAUCAACCAUUUCAUGAGCACUUACAGGUUCUUUGCUAGUUUACAAGACGUCCCACCCACAUCUGACAAAAAUGUCACUGUGAUGGAGACAACUUUCGACAACGUUCCUGUCCGUGUAUAUAUUCCAAAUCAAAAGUCAGAGGCACUAAGAAGGGGCCUAUUUUAUAUUCAUGGUGGCGGCUGGGCUUUGGGGAGUGCUGCUUUCUAUACUUAUGACUUGCUCUCAAGACGAACAGCUAAUAGACUUGAUGCUGUUGUCAUUUCAACCAAUUAUAGACUAGCACCUAAAUAUCAUUUUCCCAAUCAAUUUGAAGAUGUAUAUAAUUCAUUAAAGUGGUUCUUACGCCAAGAUGUUCUUAAAAAAUAUGGUGUAGAUCCCAAAAGAAUUGGUAUUUCUGGAGACAGUGCUGGAGGGAAUUUAGCUGCAGCAGUAUCUCAACAGCUCAUCGAUGACCCAGAUGUAAAGAUCAAACUCAAGACCCAGUCUUUGAUUUAUCCUGCCCUUCAGACUCUUGAUAUGGAUUUACCAUCAUAUCGGGAUAACGCACUCUUUCAGAUUCUGCCCAAAUCACUCAUGGUCAGGUUUUGGAGUGAAUACUUUACCACGGACAGAUCACUUGAGAAAGCAAUGCUCUCCAAUCAACAUGUACCAGUGGAAUCAAGCCAUCUCUUCAAAUUUGUUAAUUGGAGUUCUUUGCUCCCAGAGAUAUUUAAGAAAGGGCACUUUUAUAGGAGCCCAACUCAUGGUACUUCUGAGCUGUUUAAAAAGUACCCAGGGUUUCUAGAUGUGAGGGCAGCCCCUUUGUUGGCCGAGGACAACAAGUUACAUAGUUUACCUGUAACCUAUGUCAUGACCUGUGAAUAUGAUGUCUUAAGAGAUGACGGAAUCAUGUUUGUCACCCGACUUCGGAAGGCUGGAGUUAGGGUGACCCAUUGCCACUUUGAGAAUGGGUUCCAUGGAGCAAUGUCCAUUCCUGAACUCAAAAUUGGAUCUGAAAUAGAAAAUCAGUAUCUGAGUUGGCUAAAUGAAAAUCUAUAGUAAAAAUAUAGGUUCAUAAAACUACAUAAGCCUCAAAAUAGAAACAAGUUAGUGAGAAUCAAACAGUAUUGUUUAAAUUGAUUGAUGUUUAAUCAUCUGCUAACUUUCUAAGGUCCUCAGAACCAUCACGUUUUUUUUUUCUUUUUUUAACUCAGUGGUUCUUCUCUACUCCUUAUUCUGUGUUGUUUAUUCACUUCUGUACCUUAGAAAAUAUUACUUUCCUAUAUAUUUUUUCUUGCUACUAAAGUGUCUAAGAGACCAUUGGUAUUAAUUUUGGUAUUGUAGCACAGGAAUGGGCUUGCUUGCAUUAAGAAGUGAAUUUUACAGUAAUAGGCAAAUGGCAUUAUACUGAGGCAAAUACUUUGAAAAACAGUUGGCACGUAGGUCAUAUUACUGCCUACAAGGAUAUGUCAAGGCUCUAAAUCCAUGCCAGUAAAAGCUCUGGCAUUUAGGAAGCCAGA